AUGUUAAUGCCCUCUAAACCAGUACAAGAAAUGUUGGAUGACAACUGUUCCACAAGUCUCAACUAUCAGAUAUUUGAAGAAAUUGUUGGACCACAGCUAGUCCUAAAGAUUCCAAUUAAAACACAAAGAGCUGGUACAGAUAAUCGCUCUUUUGUUCUGACUAGUAAAGAUUGGAAAGCUGUAGAACUAAAAAAACAACAAAAAAAGAUGAAAGAGAUACAAGAAAAAGAGAACAAACGAAUAGAAAGACUAGAGAAAGCCAAAGAGAAACAAUUACUCAAGGAAAAAAAAAAACAAACUGAAACUAUAUAUAAAAAGAACAAAGCCAAAAAUAUAAAUUUAAUUAAGAAAAGUAAACCAAACUCUGAUAGUAUCAAACCAAAAAUUUUAAUCCAAUCAAACGUCUUGAUUAAACCUGCAAAUAGAAUCUCAAGUGAUAUUGAAGAAGAAAGAGGAUAUACAAGGGAAUUAAAAAUAGAACCUAUGAUCAAGGUUAAACAUGCAAAUAUUACUAAACUAAAGGAAAUAAAAAACAGACCAAUUUUAAAUGCAGUUGAAGCUGAAAAUGAAAGAAGUUUUAAAGAAUCGGAACAAGUACAAAUGGUCAAAAAAGAAUUAAAGAAAGGGCCUAUUUUAGAUGAUCAUGCAAAUUUCAGAGAUUCAAGGGAAACCAGAAAAGAUAAGAUAAAAGUUAAAGAAAAUAGAUUGAGACCAAUGACAAAUGAAGAACUAUUAAAAGUAUUAGAAGAUGAUUAG